AUGAUUCUUCGAAGCGCCAAGCAUAUGACCGUGUUGGUUUUGCACAUUCUAUCAAUUACUAGCCAUGUCUACGCGCUUGAUCUAGAUGUUGACAAUCAAGAAUCGAUCAAAGAUGCCGGAAAAACUGCCACCUACAACAUGAUGAAAUGGUACAAAGGUAAUGGAACUGACAAUCCGGGAUUCAUCUCAAGGUCGUGGUGGGAGGGCGCAGCUCUUUUCCUAGCGUGUCUCAACUACUGGCAUGCCACAAAUGACACAACCUACAACGAAGAAGUCAGUGUCGCACUGCAACAUCAAGGCGGCGCGGACGGAAACUACCUGCCAUCAUGGGCAAUGGGUGUGGGAAACGAUGAUCAAAUGUUCUGGGGCCUCGCGGCGAUCACUGCCGCAGAAUACAAGCUGCCCAAUCGCCCAAGUGGCGAUACCUGGCUCACUCUUGCUGAGCGAGUCUUCUAUAAUCAAAAGAGUGCCCAGGGAGGGGGAUGGGACACGACAAUUUGCGGAGGUGGCCUUCGUUGGCAGAAGGAUGUGUGGCAAGGUGGAUAUACCAUGAAGAAUUCAGUGUCGAACGGUGGAUUCUUCAUGCUUGCAGCGCGGCUCGCUUGGUUUACUCAAGAUAAAGAGUAUGCGACAUGGGCCGAGAAAGUUUGGGACUGGUCUACCUCUGUGAAGUUAGUCAACAACCAAACCUGGGAGGUGGCAGACAGUGUCAGAGAAGGGAAAGGAGGUCCUGAUGGCUGUACACUGCCUGACCAUACCCGGUGGACCUACAAUUAUGGGACCUUCUUGUCUGGCGCUGCCUACAUGUAUGCCCAUACGAAUGACAGCAAAUGGUUAGACGUCACAAAUGGCCUAAUGGAUGCCUUGUUUGAGACCUUCUUCCUACCGAAAUACGGAGGCGUGAUUUCAGACCGAUGCGAGCCUUCGGCCCAAUGUGACGAAGACGCGAACCGACCGAUCUUCAAAGGCCUGACGGUGUCAUGGCUCGCAGAUAUCGCAUUGAUCAUUCCUUCCCUUAAAGAGAAGAUCGUACCCAAACUCGAAGUCUCUGCCGAGGGCGCCGCGAAGGCAUGCACCGGCAAUGGCGAGAACCUCUGUGGGAACCGGUGGUGGGGCGGCAAAUACGACGGGCAAAAUUCCAUGGAGAACGCAAUGAGUGGAAGCCAGAUGAUGAGUGCUAUCAUGGUGAAAUUCCUCGACUCAUCUUCGGCCCCGGUGUCGACAGCAACAGGAGGAAAUGGAUCAAGUGACCCGAAUGCUGGUUCUGAGGAAAGCUCGAAGCGGGAAGAAUUGCCUCCUAUCACAACGGCAGAUAAAGCAGGAGCUGGAAUCCUGACGGUGCUUUUCGUCGCUGGCUUUAUCGGUGGGGCGGCCUUUUUGUCUAUUAGCCCCUGA